UCUGUGACUGGGUUCAGUUCGGUUUAUCGCUCCGCUGAAAGUUCAUUCCCUUACGAGUCUGGUAAAGAGCAAGAUGAAGCUAACGCAGUUGUUAUGUUUGGUGUUUUUGUGCGGGCUUCCGGUGCUUGGAGCUGCCACAAAAAGCUACAAAUGUUCGAAGAUCAACGAGGCGGGAUUUUGUUUUGUGGAGAAUGUUGUCAUUCCGGAAAUGGCUGAUGUCGAAAAGCUGGAGCUGCCCAAACAUCAGAUACUGUUGAUAAAGUCCGGAUUUAUACCGAACUUUUCGAAAGAGAUUUAUGCGCAUCUGAAUGGAGUGAAGCUUUUGCAUAUGUACAAUAACACCAGUAUUAGGAAGCUGUGCAUCGGAAAAAGUAAUUUGAGUGAAAUUAACGUUCAGAGAAAUGGUUUGCUGGAGUUCGAUGUGGAACCGGUGGAAAAUCGGGAGCUAAAGAUGUUGACAAUUAUUCACAAUGCGAUCACGGCUAUCCCGAAGAAUAUUCGCUUCUUGGAAGGGUUGGAAAAGCUCUUCCUUUACAACAAUUCCCUGGAAUAUGUGGAUCUGGAGCUGUUUGCCAAUGCGACUUCCCUGAAGGUUCUGUCCCUGUACGACAACCGGAUCAAAGUGUUAGAUUCCCGGAUCGGGCUACGUUUUCCGCAUCUGCAGACGCUAUCUUUGAGCAAAAAUAAGCUUGUCUACAUUCCGCAUUUAGCCAAAGGCUUCCCAAUGUUGAACGCCAUAUCCCUGAGGAAAAAUCCGUGGAACUGUCGCUGGUUGCGGACAGCUAUUGCCCACAUUGACGCCCACAGUAUUCAAAUUGCCCGGAAGGAUGUCGUCUGCCGGGAUCACUGGGUGGGGGACAUUUGCUGCUACCGAACGGUGGUAGAUUUCCUCCUGGAUCAGCAGGAGGAACGGGCAGAACAGGACCGCCGAGAAUUGGCCGCCAUCUCGCAGCAGAACUUGGAGCUGAAGCACCUGGUCGAGAGGCUGGCGGAAACGGUACAAAAACUAGAAAACGGCAAUAAAAUGUGAAAUGGUACACAUUUGUAUGUACCCUCUCGUUUGAUGCCAAUAUU